CGCAACAACACGGCAGCAUGGCGGCCGCUCUUCUGACGGCCGCAGUCUUACUGGUGGCUCUGAAUGUCGUGUGGUUUGCGUCCGGCGCCGGCACCAGAGUGGAAGGUGGCCAGCCGUGCGCCGUGCGCUGGUACAACUACUCGAGCUUCGUGUGCGUCUGCAACGCCACCUACUGCGACGCGCCGCCCUCGAGACCAGCGCUCAGCAAUGGCGGCAUCGCGCACUACACCUCCUCGCGCUGUGGACAGAGGUUGUCGCUGCGCUUGCGCAGUUUCAAGAAUCCAGCAGAGCUGCAGUCUGGAGCGGCACGCCUACGGGUGGAUACAAGCCAGCAGUUCCAGCGGAUGCUGGGCUUCGGCGGCGGUAUGUCGGACUCCACCGCCAUCAACAUCAGGGCCCUCAGCUCAGCAACCCAGCAGCAGCUGCUCAGGAGCUACUUCGGGAGCAGCGACGGCAGCUCACAGUACUCCCUGAUCCGUCUGCCCAUGGGUGGCACCGACUUCUCCGUACGCAACUACACGUACGAUGACAGCAGUAAGCCUGACCCGUCCCUGAAGAACUUUGCUCUCCAGCCGGAAGACAUCGAAUACAAGAUUCCACUGCUACUGUUGGCUCAGAGACUAUCGGGCAACGGGCUGAAGAUACACGCAGCACCCUGGUCGGCUCCCAGAUGGAUGAAAGCCCACAACGGGACGAUCGGCAUUAGCUGGCUACAAUCCAGAUACUACCAGACGUGGGCCAACUACUUCGUCAAGUAA